GGGACUCGACGUUAAACCCGCAGCCCUUUUGUUGUUGUUCUCACGCUAACAUGCGAGAUCCGCAGAGCCGACUCGACUGCAUUCCGCCCAGACUUCCCCUCCGCCAGCGGCCUGCUUGCUUUGAGAUGAGUACAAGAUGUCGGUGUCGGGGCUGAAGGCCGAAUUGAAGUUUCUCGAGUCAAUCUUUGACCCAAACCACGAAAGAUUUCGAAUCAUAGACUGGAAACCCGACGAACUCAGUUGCCAGUUUAACGUAACAGGAGAGAAGCUGCUGAUCAUUCACUGCAACAUCACGGAGUCUUACCCCUCAACGUCCCCAAUAUGGUUUGUCGACUCCGAUGAUCCGAGUCUGGCGGAAGUGUUGGAGCGCUUGGAGGAUGUGAGAAAAGGAAGCACGUUGCUUCUUCAGCAGUUGAAGCGUCUCAUUUGUGACCUAUGUCGACUUUACAACCUGCCUCAGCAUCCCGAUGUCGAAAUGCUCGACCAACCUCUGCCUGCUGGCCCCAUUCUCCAGGAGAGAAAGCACGGGCCUUCUGAUGAGGUGACGUCAGAGGAGGACGAAGAGGAAGAAAUGGGAGAGGACAUUGACCUGGACCAAGACUUGGACCAUUACGACAUGAAAGAAGAAGAGCCGGUGGAUGGCAAAAAGUCAGAAGAUGACGGGAUUGAAAAAGAACACCUGGCUAUUUUGGAGAAAAUCCGUAAAAAUCAGAGACAAGACCACUUGAAUGGCGCAGUCUCUGGCUCUGUGCAGGCGUCAGACCGCCUCAUGAAGGAACUCAGGGAGAUCUACAGAUCACAGAGUUACAAGACAGGUAUUUAUUCAGUGGAACUAGUCAAUGACAGCCUUUAUGACUGGCACGUCAAGUUAAGGACGGUAGAUCCGGAUAGUCAGCUACACAGUGAUUUACAGGUCUUAAAAGAAAAGGAAGGAGUGGACUACAUUUUGCUCAAUUUCUCUUAUAAAGAUAAUUUUCCUUUUGAUCCACCGUUUGUGCGGGUUGUCGCCCCUGUGCUCUCCGGAGGUUAUGUUCUGGGAGGCGGAGCCUUGUGUAUGGAACUUCUCACAAAACAGGGCUGGAGCAGUGCCUAUUCCAUAGAAUCUGUAAUCAUGCAGAUAAAUGCAACUCUAGUGAAAGGAAAGGCCAGAGUUCAGUUUGGGGCGAAUAAGAACCAAUACAAUCUUGCCAGAGCACAGCAGUCAUACAAAUCCCUUGUGCAGAUACAUGAAAAGAACGGCUGGUACACACCCCCAAAAGAGGAUGGAUAAGCGGCGGCAAUCACAAUCCACUCGGAACAUGGGUCAACGUGUCUCAUUUUCUUUGGAGUAUUUUUCCCCCCGUCUGACUUGCUGGGAGUACAUCACGUUUCUUGCAGACGCAUCUGUUGGUUCAGCUGACAAGUAUUCCUUCGUAUGAUGUGAGGGCGUCGCCUGCCCUGAUCGUAUCUCUUCGGUUGUCUUUUCUCCAGUUCGAAUGUGUGUGCGUGGGAGGAGGGGUAUGUUUCCUUAGCUGCUUUUAACAAAGUGGACUUUAAGAGUUUUAAAAGUCUUUCUGAAGCCCUUGGAGUGGCAUGUCGACUCACAUGUUUAUAUUGAUUUUGUUGAUUUUCAUGAACAGGUAUACAGUUAUCGUUUUCAAACUAUCUAGCAAAUGUUUCUUUUAUAUGAGCAUCCCAGACAAUAAAUGAGCCAGUUGUCAUAGUUUGGAUGGUUAACUUUAAAUUGAAAUGACCUGCCAUUCUAUCUUUUAAAAGAAAGUUUUGGAUCGAGAAGACACCAAAGGAGAUGGGCUAUCGUCUGGGGGUGUGGGGGACUUUAGAAUCUGCUCAUUGUUGAUAAACAUGAUGCUUUUUGAGAAACAGGAGGAGGAGCUCUAUUUGCCUUAGGCCUGUCCGCACCUCAUCCCUGCCAGAGUUCUCAUAGUUACAGCCGCGGGGUUGAUGUGGUUUAUGGUUUGCAGUGUGACACUCAGUUGUAUUGGCUGUAGAUGUAUUUUUUUCCCCAGGCCAUUUCACGAGAGUCACACUGGAAUCAUCCUCAGAGUAAACAAAGGUUGUUGGGUUAGUAAUAGUGCAAUUUGUUUGUCCUGACAUACCUUGAUUGUAGUGGUUUGCACCUUCCCAGUUGAGUUCCCAACCACAACCUUGUUACAUGACAGUUGGGUUUACCCGCAGUGGGGGGUACGCUGACUGCUCCUUUAUUGCUACGAUAUGCAGAUGUGCUUGUGUGUUGCUUUUGGCAUGAGACAUGAAAGGAUUGGUAGUGUAAAAAUGCAAUAUUUGGCUUAACUUGGCCGUCAUCACGGCAACAAAUCAAACUUGAAGUAACCUGCACACGUUUUAAAGGAGACACUGACUAAUCUGCUCACAUUUCAGGAACAAUUUUCAUGGGUCUUAAGUAACACAAAGGUUGGUUAGUCACCAUUAGUCCCGGUGUAAUUUCACAGCAAGUGAUUCAUAAAUGUCGAAUGGAGCAUUUUCCUCUGAAUCACCGCAAUGCAGCUCUGGUCUGGUGGCAUUGUUUCUUUGUCUUUCAUGGUGUCAUAUCCACAAAAAGUGUCCAGGUAUGUCACCUCAGAGGAUCGUGAUCCGCUGGUGUGGCGGCCUACCGGCAGAUGCCAAAAUUCUGCUCCAAGGGGUGAAAUGAGAGAUAAUUUAAGAUUGAAAGUCAUGCAGUGGUGAAUGGACUUGCACACUACUCUUAACUGGACUGAGUCAAAAAGUUGAAUCUUUCUAAACCAACAAACGGAAGAUGAUGGCGUCUGGCAUGAAUUGCUUGCUUUGGUUUUCUUUCUUAAUAUUUUUCAUUUGCAGACAUUUUGACCAUGUACAGUAAUUUGUAAACUUGCAUCAAGUUUAUGAAUAAAGAAUUUUACGAUUA